CUACCUGAAAACAAUUUAUAUGGAAACAUAAUUAUAUAGAGAAAGAUAUAUACAAUAUACAUGAAGAAUUUGCUGUUCUGACAAGCCGUCCACUUAUACAACAAUAACAAGGAACAAGAGGGAACCCCCCUAUCCAUCUACAGGAUAAUAUAUGCAUGAGUGUGUGUGUGUGUGGAUACAAAUACAUAUUAAAUAUGCCCAAAGGCUGCCACAAUAGCAAGAGAAACAGCAGCAGCAGCAGCAACAGCUACGCGAAGAAGAGGAACCUGACGAAUAAUUAACGAGAGUUUACCUGACACCACACUAGAGACACCCAGAGAGAGAGAGGAAGGAAGGAAGGAAGGAACCCAGGAGCCCAAUAACCAUUCAAGCUUCCAGCUAAAGGAACAUACUGGGAGACACCAGCCCCCGCCACCCGCCAUCCACCAUCACCAUUAUUAUAAUAAUCGGAGAAGCGAAAAGAGGAUAGGAAAACUGUUGCCAUGGGUCGCAAAAAAAUCCAGAUAUCACGCAUCACCGAUGAACGCAAUCGGCAGGUGACCUUCAACAAGCGGAAGUUCGGCGUUAUGAAGAAGGCCUACGAGCUAUCGGUGCUCUGCGACUGCGAGAUAGCGCUGAUCAUCUUCUCGUCCAGCAACAAGCUCUACCAAUACGCCAGCACGGACAUGGACAGGGUGCUGCUCAAGUACACAGAAUACAACGAGCCGCACGAGUCGCUGACCAACAAGAACAUCAUUGAGAAGGAGAACAAAAACGGCGUCAUGUCCCCGGACUCGCCCGAAGCCGAAACAGACUACACGCUAACACCACGAACCGAGGCCAAGUACAACAAGAUCGACGAGGAGUUCCAGAACAUGAUGCAGCGCAACCAGAUGGCCAUUGGGGUGACCGGGGCGCCGCGGCAGCUGCCAAACAGUAGCUACACGCUGCCCGUGUCGGUGCCAGUGCCAGGGUCCUAUGGUGAGAACCUGCUGCAGGCCAGCCCACAAAUGUCCCACACCAACAUCAGCCCCCGUCCAUCCAGCUCGGAGACGGAUUCAGGUGGGAUGUCCUUGAUAAUAUAUCCAUCGGGUUCCAUGCUGGAGAUGUCGAAUGGCUAUCCGCAUUCCCAUUCGCCGCUUGUGGGAUCGCCCAGUCCAGGCCCCAGUCCUGGCAUAGCCCAUCACUUGCCCAUCAAACAGCAGUCGCCGGGCAGCCAGAAUGGACGUUCUUCCAACCUGCGGGUCGUCAUACCGCCCACCAUUGCACCCAUACCGCCCAACAUGUCUGCGCCCGAGGAUGUGGCCUACACAGAUAUCCCUCCGUGCUCUCCCUUCCAGCAACGACAGAGCCAAACAUCGCUGAACACGCCCGUGGUGACGCUGCAGACUCCGAUACCCGCCCUCACGAGCUACUCCUUUGGGGCGCAGGACUUCUCCUCCUCCGGCGUCAUCGGCAGUGCGGAUAUCAUGAGCCUGCCCCAAUGGCACCAGGGUCUGGUGCAGCACUCUAGUCUCUCGCAUCUGGCUGUCUCGAAUAGCACACCGCCGCCCGCCACCUCACCCGUCUCCAUCAAGGUCAAGGCCGAACCACAGUCGCCGCCGCGUGAUCUAUCCUCGAGCGGCCAUCAGCAGAACAGCAAUGGAUCGACGGGCAGCGGCGGCUCCAGCAGCAGCACGAGCAGCAACGCCUCGGGCGGUGGCGGGGGAGCAGGCUCCUCAGCCGCCAAUGCCGGCAACGUCAUUACGCACUUGAACAACGCCAGUAUCCUCGGAGGCGGUGGUCCCCCAGGCGGAGGCGGCAGCAACGGGAACGCGGAGCAGGCCACCAAUCUAAGCGUCCUGGGCCACUCACAGCAGCACCUAGUGAUGCCCAACUCGAGGCCCUCGUCGACGGGUCAUCUAACACCCACACCAGGGCAUGAUAAGUAUGAAGGAUAUCCGUACCGCGCGCUAAUGGGUCACAAUCCUAGAUGGAAUUUUGCCGACUUUAUCAUCUUAAACGCAGGUGCGCCCAGCAGCGAUCAGGAUGUGCGCCUCGCCGCCGUGGCAGUGCAGCAACAGCAGCAGCAGCAGCAACAACAGCAGCAACAACAGCAGCAGCAGCAGCACCAGCAACACCAGCAACAGCAGCAGCAGCUGGGGGACUACGAUGCACCCAACCACAAACGUCCCAGAAUAUCGGGUGGAUGGGGUACAUAGCCGGCACGUGCAGGCGGUAGCAGCAGCCACUACAAGCAGCAACACAACAGCAACAGCAAUGGCAACGGCAACGGCAACGGCGGCGGCGGAAGCCACAAGAAGCAAGGAAUCCACACGAACAUCAGCGACAUAGACGAUCUGGCCAUGAUGCCGCCGCCGCCUCGUAAGGACGUGGCCGCCGUACGGAGUUCGUUCAGCAUGUCUGCUUCUGGCUAUGACUGCUAUGGCCAACAGCAGCUGGCGGUAGCCUAUGGGACGCAGCAAAACCAAUAGCAGGAGGAGGAGGAGGUGGAGAAGGAGAAGCAGCCGAAGAACCAGUAGGAGCAACAAUUUCCAGACCAGUGCAAUAGUUCAGAGAAAAGUCAGCUGGAAAUUGUGGCAGGAAGAAGGGAAGGAAGAAGGAGAUAGGAGCUUUGUUUUGUUUUCGGUUUAAGCGAACAGUGACAGUGUCAUAUCUAUAAUUAUUGUAAGUUAAAUACACCCACAAACAAACACACACACACCUACGGUAAUAGUUAUAAUUCUAAAUUAUAAAUGCGAAAUUAGGCGCCCCCUCCCCAUCCCAGUCCCAAUCCCAAUCCUAAUCCCAUUGUGGGAUGGAUGGAUGUAUGAUGAUGGGGUGGAGAAGGCCCAGAGAUAAGUUGUUUGGAGCGUUGGAGCUGAUUUAGUUUAGUUACAAUUACAACUAAAGUUACAGCUAUGGUUAAAGUUAAUGUUAAAUCUAAUCUUAGGACAAAAAUGCUGCAUACAAAAAACAAAGCGAAAGCGAAAGCAAAAGCAAAAGCGAUAGG